AUGGAAGCUACCGAGCUACCUAGUCAUUGGCAGCUCCGAUCAUUGGUCAGUGCUGAGCAGCAGGGCGUCAUCUACUUCCCGGCUGGUGUCAAUAAUACCCAUAUCCAGCGGCUCGAUACUUCUACCCGCGAAUGCGAAACCAUCAAAGUCAUUAGCUUCCAUCCCCGCUGUCUGGUUGCUAGUAAGGGCUGGAUCUGCUGCGGAGGCGAAAAUGGAGAGUUCGUGGUCAUACGAGAGUCGGGUAACAGCGAUGCACAGGCCGAUACCCUCAGCAGAGAUGUUCGCUCCAGACUAACCUCGCUUGAGUCUUCUAGCAUGACUGAAGGCACCAUGUACCAGCUUGAACGCGAUAUGCUAUCCGUUGUGGAACGAAUCAAUGGCACCAAUAAGACGUGGUCAGCUUCUAGCUAUAAAAUCGGUACCGAGCGUGUCAACUGCAUAACCAUAUGGCAUCCUCCUAAAGAUGGGGGCGCACCAGCCCCUGGACAAUACGAGUCCUCGGUAGCUGUUGUAGCAAACAACGACAAGAGCAUUACCAUCGUAAGCCUCUACGAACCCGACUUGCAUAAAGAUGUGUUGGAGUAUCCCGAUUGUGUCAACCGCGGCGUGAUCUCCCCCGAUGGGACUCUUUUAGCUGCAGUCUGUGAUGACGCCUACCUCUACAUACACGCGCGGGAACAAUUCAACAAGAAUUACGAAGGAAUUUCACGACGAGUUACUCGACAAUCCUCGAGAUGGGUUUUGCUACCGAAAAUACGACUUAAGGGUCAGUGGAAAGAUGACGCUACGGAUUGUCGAGGGAGCUUCGCAGCUUGCUUUUCUUCAUCGGGGAAGUACUUGGCAGUGGGCACCCAAUAUGGCACCAUAUCUGUUUUCGAUGCCGUCAAGCUCAAGGACCCUAACUCGGAACCUUUAAUCGCAUAUUUCGAUUCUGCCCGGGCACCUGGGGAAUACGGUGCUGUUAGAGACAUGGCCUUUUCGCCGGGGCCGUUCGAUCUCUUGGCGUGGUCAGAACAUCGAGGUCGGAUUGGGGUAGCAGAUGCGCGCUCAAACUUCAAACGACGACAUAUUAUCCCUCUAGAUAACCAUGAAGGAUUUAAUCAUUUCUCACUUAAUGAUAGUAGUACCAUUGAUCCACGUCUUCUCGAUCCGCGCAGCGAGCAUACUACCGAAGGCGAUCGUAAUGCCGAUAACGAGCGCAAUGCCGAAUCCUCUCCGUUAGGGAUGAUGGACCGUUGGAACCGAGCAAUAUCUGAUCGACGGCCCCUACCAGAUCCAGAAACUUCAGAUCCCACGUUACGGGUCAAUCAGCCUUUCAGCGCGGAUGAGAUCUCGAUACUAGAAGCCUUCCAAGCUCAGCGUCGUCGACGGGAAUUGCGGGAUCGAGGGGAGCAAUUGGAGCAACAUUUUAUGGAACACCGAAAUCAACGAGCUGCCGAACGGAACGCAUUGAGAUCUACAGGCUGGGCAGAUCGCCGCGAAGCGCUGACGAGAUUCAUCGAACGGGAACGUAUGCGCGAGAUCCGCGAUCAACAUCGUUCGAGCGCCACCCAGGCGGCCCCCGAACCGGAGCGUGAGAGAGGAAGUUCUAUACCACGAGAUUUGGGUCGAAGUCGCACGUCCAUCAUGCGUACACUAGCCCAAAACUUCGAUACCAUCUCACAGACGAUGAGAUCGCAGGGCCAGUACAACGAAGCCGGUAACGACAGCUCGGGAGCCUCACGUGAUCCGUGGUAUGUUGGGGGAUCCGGCUCCGGAUGGCCCGACCUCGAGAACCUGGCUAACAUAAGCGGAUGGACCGGUGGACUUACCGAUAAUGCUCGGACCGAGACUAAUAGGGCCCGUCGCGGCAUCCCAGUCAUUGCUGACGUGUGGGGCAACGACUCGCUCUUCAGCAGGAUUAGAAUGGGUAGCCGCGAGCAUACGCAGAACCCAGAUGACACGGCAGGUUUGACAUGGAGCGAAGAUGGCCAAGUAUUGUAA